UAACAGUAUAUGAGUGGUGGUACUGUGAUUGCGACUUAUUACACACAGAUAUUUGUGUACAUCUCCUGUGUGUAUAAACAGCAAAGGGCACCGCCCACCACAUAGUUGAACUUUUCUGAAAUUAACAAGGUGGUGUGUUACCAUGGAGACCUUCCCGGAUGGGAUCAACACUGUUUCAGUUUACAGCAACGUGAUGACUUAUAUGCUCAGUCAGAGCAGUGACAGGGCAAAACUAAACUCUCACUAGCUUAAAGUACUUCUGUUUUUUUGUACAGUAGGUUAGUGAUAGAUUAACAAAGCUGCUAAUGACGGGGGAAUAGAUUCAUUCCCUCUCAGCAAUGAGUGAAAUGCCGCCGGCAUAACGUUUAUAGCGACAGAUAGUGGGUAGCGUUAACUGAUAUUAACGUUGACGUUACAGAAAGUUGAACAAGAUGGACCGGCUGAAGCAGUCCUCUGUGUUUUUGUCUGAACUACAGAUGGAAGAUGACUCUAUCUACAAUAUGAGUCAAAGCAGAGGAUAUCCUGUUCCCCCACCUUUGCCCAAGACAUGUAAUGCAGAACCCUCAGAACUGUAUCAAAUAGUCUUGAGGCACAGUCAUUACCCACCCAUCCUCCAAAGCAAUUCAUGGACAUUGGCAGUACCUUUUAAAGAGCAACAUCACCAUCGCACUCCCAGUGAGUCUAUUGGAAACAACUACAGACCCCAGGCUCAGGAUCUUAAAAUUAAUAAACUCCAGCACAGACGACAGACUUUCCGUCAAUCCCUGGCAAAACCAGCAGGGCCUUCGCCUACCCCACCUGGAAGGAGACAAGCAAUUACACUAAGGAGAAGGGAUAUAUCGUCUUGUGCGUCAGUGUCACCUCAGCCAAAGUCUAGACCUAGAAACCGCCCCACUCCCAGCAGCAGGCCUAUGAGUCCUAAAGAGCAAUUGGACAUCAUACACAGCAAAGAGGAGAAAAUGAGGGCAACUCAGAACGAACCUACUGAGAAAGACCUGGAGAGGUAUAUGUAUUACAUCACCACUGGAGUCCCCACCUCUGUUCUGGCCCCCCAGCCAUGUCAGCAGAUGAUGAACAUCAUGUGCCUGCUGCCUCCCAACACUGAGGAUUGUAGUAAAGACAUCCAGAUUAUGAGGGCUAACAUGGAAGAGGAGGUCAAAAGAGAUUAUAACUUCAGUCUCAAGAAGAGUAUAGUGGACUACAUUCUUAUGGACCUGUCUGAGCGCCAGCGACUGUCUAUAUCCAGCAUUCCUGUGCCCUUUCCCAGGAGGGUGAUCCGUGCACCGGUGCCCUGGGCUGCUACUUACAGGGAGGCCCAGACGUGGCAAAGCCAACAUCUGUUUACCGUCAGUCACAUUAUGGUCCUGCUGCAGGAUGUCUGGCUAAACAGCUUCUCAUCUUUGAGAUUUGUGCAACUAGAGGACCUUUUCUCCACCAGCCUCCCCCUCCUGCCAUCUGAGUUUGAGGAGUUUGUACAGAGACAGUGCCAAGCAAUCAGAGAUGAACUGGUCCAAAAAUGGCUGCCUCACUGUGCAUUACUCUUUGACAACUUUGAGGACUUGUGGUUGCACCUCAUACCCGAAAGUGAAGAGGUGGCUCCAGUUGGUGUCCAGGAGUUCUUCAACUGUGUGGCUGCUCUCAUGUCAUUGCAGCUCCGAAGCCUGGUCAUAGAAUCAUUACAGGACCUGUUAUAUUUCUUCACUAUACAUGAGGAAGGCAAUGACUUUGGUGAGGUGUUUGAUGAGAUGAAGUAUGUUCAGUCUCAGGUGCUGCUGGUUAAGCUACAAGAGAACGAGCCUCACAUUGACUUUAGUCCGAGCCUCCAGGAAUGUUGGGAGCUCAUCCAUGGAGCCUUCAUGGAAAUUAUCAAGAGUGCUGAAGAACUCCCAAGGGUGGAAUGUUAUCUCUUUCCGGAUAUCAAGAAUUUGUACCUACGUACAGUCGGUCCUGAUGAGUCGCUGGUUGCAAACAUAAUCAGCAAAGCUAAGGACAUUUUCCACAAGAACACUGUGGGCCCUGAAAAAUAUUUGAAGGUAUAUCAAAAAUACAGCAAUCUACUGGACAAUACAGCAAAGCAGGACAUCAUAGCAUUCCUUAAGGAGAAACACUCGUUGGAGGGAUUUACCAAGAAAAUCGAGAGUAUUAAUCACUUGUGGAAGGAGAUUGCCUCACUGCACGUUACGGUGCCCCUGUCCAUGUUUUGUCUGUAUGCCGGCGAGCUGAAUGAUGACUUGUGUGACCACGCCGAGAAGCUGAAAGACCAGAUCAUCAUGUUUGAAGUGGAGGAAAAUCGAGAGCUCAACCAGAGGAUCUGUCAGAAGUAUGAGGAGAUUACGAAUACCAUCAGAGGCACACCAGAAACUACAGAGGAGUUGGUGGCUCUCAACCAGUACAUUAAACAGACCAGUGAGGUGACCAUUCACAAGCUGUUAGAUGAGAUUGAUGAAGCAACGUACCGUCUCAGCUUCCUCCUGGACUAUGCCACUCUGCCCUCUGAUGAUUUGAGGCUGAACUCCCGUGUUUUCCAGUGGCCCAAUGACAUCCUUAUUGAGCUUGACGACAGUAAGACUCGUCUGGCCACCAUGAGAGAACAGGCUGAGGACUAUCUCCAAACAAGGAUAACAGACUUUGAACAGAGGCUGCAGGAUGUCGACAAGGACAUACAAGCCUUCAAGAAGAAGGAAAUGAUGGGUAUUGAGGAGAUGAAGACCAACGUGGGAAAUCUCGCUCAGAUCACUGCCAACCUGGAGGAUGCUGUCACUGAACUGGAGGACAUCAACAAAGAGCAGACUUUGCUGGAGAAGGGUCAGAGUCAGUUCCCCAUGCUGCAAACUCUGUUAGCUGACAAACAGCCAUAUGACCAGCUAUGGAACACAGCACUCAACUUUCAGAGCAUGUCAGAAGUCUGGCUGAAUGGUCCUUUCCUGCACUUGGAUGCUGAGAAAAUUUCCGAUGAGCUAGACAUCAUGUGGAGGACCAUGCAUAAACUGACCAAGUCUUUGUCAAAUCUUCCUGGGCCUUGCCGUGUGGCCAAAAGCUUCAAGAGCAAGAUAGACCAAUUCAAGCAGCAUCUACCCAUCCUGACAACUAUCUGUAACCCAGGCAUCAAAGACCGCCACUGGGAGAAGAUUAGCAGAAUUGUGGGCUUUGAAGUCAAGCCAGAUGUGAACAGCUCACUGCUGAACAUGUUGGACCUGGGACUCUCCAAGUUCUCUGAUAAGUUGGAAGACAUUGGAGCAUCUGCCAGUAAAGAGUACUCCCUGGAAAAAUCCAUGGAGAAGAUGAAAAAUGAAUGGACUGAACUCCGGUUCUCUUUUACACCAUAUAGAGAUACUGAUACCAACAUUGUAUCAGCAGUUGAUGACAUCCAGGUGCUUCUGGAUGAUCAUAUUAUUAAAGUACAGACGAUGCGAGGUUCCCCUUUCAUUAAGCCAAUAGAGACUGAAUGUAAGCAAUGGGAGGACAAGUUGGUGAGCAUGCAGGACAUCCUAGACUCCAUGUUGAAAUGUCAGGCUACUUGGCUCUACCUUGAACCUAUCUUCAGCUCGGAAGACAUCAUUGCCCAGAUGCCUGAGGAGGGACGCAAAUUUGCCAUUGUGGACAGCUACUGGAAGGAUAUCAUUGCCAAGGCGGUGAAAGAUACACGUGUGCUGGUGGCUACAGGCCAGCCCAACAUGCUGGAACGGCUGCAGGAGUCCAAUGUGUUCCUGGACGACAUCCAGAAAGGCCUCAAUACCUACCUGGAAAAGAAGAGGCUCUAUUUUCCAAGGUUCUUCUUCCUGUCAAACGACGAGCUUCUGGAGAUCCUUUCACAGACCAAAGACCCCCUGUGUGUGCAGCCCCACCUAAAGAAGUGCUUCGAGGGUAUCGCCAAAUUGGAGUUCACUGAGGACAUGGCGAUCAUUGGCAUGAUCAGCUCUGAGAAGGAGACUGUGCCCUUCACAGAAAAGAUCUAUCCAGCCCAAGCAAAGGGUAUGGUGGAGAAAUGGCUGCUGCAAGUGGAGAACCUAAUGCUAAAGAGUGUCCAACAUGUCAUCCAUCAAGGAGUGAUUCAAUAUGCUGAGUUGCCCAGGAAGAAGUGGGUGUUGCAAUGGCCUGGCCAAGUUGUCAUUUGUGCUUCCUCCAUCUUUUGGACAAGUGAAGUGUCUGAAGCCAUCCAGACCAACUCCCUGCCUGCCUAUGUGGAGCAGUGUAACGCCCAGAUUUCUGACAUUGUGGAGUUGGUUCGUGGGAAGCUGCCAGGAGGGGCAAGGAUGACCCUUGGUGCUCUUACUGUUAUAGAUGUUCAUGCACGAGAUGUUGUGGCAAAACUGGCAGAGGACCGCAUCUCCUCGCUGAAUGACUUUGCAUGGAUUUCUCAGCUGCGUUACUUCUGGGAGGGUGGAGACGUGAUGUUGCGCAUGAUCACCACCUGCUUGAAAUAUGGCUAUGAGUAUCUGGGCAAUUCCCCCCGUCUGGUCAUCACACCACUUACUGACCGCUGCUACAGAACUCUAAUGGGGGCUUUGAAGUUGAACUUGGGGGGAGCUCCUGAGGGUCCUGCAGGAACUGGCAAGACUGAGACCACAAAAGAUCUGGCUAAAGCUUUAGCUAAACAGUGUGUGGUGUUCAACUGCUCCGAUGGUCUGGACUACAAGGCCAUGAGUAAGUUCUUCAAAGGACUGGCUCAGUCUGGAGCUUGGGCCUGCUUUGAUGAGUUCAAUCGUAUUGAGGUGGAGGUGCUCUCUGUGGUGGCUCAGCAGAUCCUCUGCAUACAACAGGCCAUUGCCAAGAAUCUGAAGACCUUCUUGUUUGAGGGGACAGAGCUGUCCCUCAACCCAACAUGCUCUGUCUUCAUCACCAUGAACCCUGGUUACGCUGGCAGGGCCGAGCUGCCCGACAAUCUAAAGGCUCUUUUCCGGACAGUGGCUAUGAUGGUGCCAGACUAUGGUCUCAUCGGAGAAAUCUCACUGUACUCCAUGGGCUUCAUUGAAUCACGCAGUCUGGCCCAGAAGAUUGUCGCCACCUACCGUUUAUGCUCUGAGCAGCUGUCCUCCCAACACCACUAUGACUACGGUAUGCGAGCUGUGAAGUCUGUGCUGACUGCAGCAGGGAAUCUGAAACUGAACUACCCUGAGGAGAACGAGAGCGUGCUGUUGCUUAGAGCACUGAUGGACGUCAACAUGGCCAAGUUUCUAGCACAGGAUGUUCCACUCUUUCAGGGCAUCAUCUCUGAUUUAUUCCCAGGAGUGGUUCUACCCAAACCAGAUUACGAUCUCCUCCUCAAGGCUCUAAAUGACAACAUUGCUAAGCUAAACCUCCAGCCUGUCCCAUGGUUCAUUGGCAAGAUUAUCCAGGUGUAUGAGAUGAUGUUGGUACGCCAUGGUUUUAUGAUAGUAGGAGACCCUUUAGGAGGAAAAACUUCUGCCUAUAAAGUUCUUUCUGCUGCCCUUGGAGACCUUUACAAAGCCAAGCUGAUGGAAGAGUUUGCAGUGAACUAUUGCAUUAUCAAUCCCAAGGCCAUUACCAUGGGCCAGCUGUAUGGCUGCUUUGAUCCGGUCAGCCAUGAGUGGUCUGAUGGUGUCCUGGCCACCUCAUUCAGGGAUCAGGCUAUCUCUACCUCAGAAAAUAGACAGUGGAUCAUCUUUGAUGGGCCCAUUGAUGCUGUCUGGAUUGAGAACAUGAAUACUGUUCUGGAUGAUAACAAGAAGCUUUGUCUGAUGAGUGGUGAGAUCAUCCAAAUGAGUGCCAAGAUGAGUCUGAUCUUUGAGCCUGCUGACCUGGAGCAAGCCUCCCCGGCUACUGUCAGUAGGUGUGGUAUGAUCUACAUGGAACCUCAGCAGCUCGGCUGGUCUCCUCUUAGAGACUCCUACAUGAAUACACUGCCUGAAAGCCUGAGCACUGAACAUAGAGAACUGAUAAUGGACCUGUUUGAUUGGAUAGUUCAGCCCUGUCUGGAUUUUAUAGACACAGAGUGUCGCUUUGUGGUUCAAACAUCUCCCAUCCACUUGGCAUAUAGUCUCAUGAAGCUGUAUACCUGCCUGAUGGAUGAAAUUACUGCGUCAGUAACCAGUGGUGAACAGAACAUGUCCAGCCAGCAAAUAACCAUGUGGCUGCAGGGCCUGUUCCUGUUUGCAGCUGUAUGGACUCUGGGUGGGACCAUAACUGGUGACAGUCGUAAGAAGUUUGAUGUAUUCUAUCGCAAUCUGAUCAUGGGCAUGGAUGAUGAGUACCCGCGGCCUAAGAGUAUCAAACUCAAGAAGAACAACAUCUUCCCUGAGAGAGGAACUGUCUAUGACUACUACUUCCAUAAGGAUGGGCAAGGGCGGUGGAAUGUGUGGACUGAUUCAAUCACAAAUGAAGAGAACAUGAUCCCAGCUGGAGCCAAUGUGUCAGACCUCAUCAUCCCCACAAUGGAGACAGCCCGUCAGCUUUUUUUCCUACGUACCUAUCUGGCACAUGAAAUACCCACUCUGUUUGUAGGGCCCACUGGCACAGGCAAAUCUGUCAUCAACAAAAGCUUCUUGGUAACGCUCCCUAAGGAGCGCUACACGCCAAACUGUAUCAACUUCUCAGCCCGCACCUCAGCAAAUCAGACCCAAGACAUCAUCAUGGCCAAGCUGGACCGAAGAAGGAAGGGCGUGUUCGGACCUCCUAUGGGAAAGAAGUGUGUCGUCUAUGUUGAUGAUCUGAACAUGCCUGCUAAGGAAAUCUACGGUGCACAGCCCCCAAUUGAGCUGCUAAGACAGUGGAUAGACCACCACCACUGGUAUGACAAGAAGGACACCUCCAGACUGAACAUAGCAGAUGUGCUGUUUAUGUCUGCAAUGGGGCCUCCUGGUGGUGGGAAGAAUGACAUUACAGGCCGCUUCACCCGUCACUUGAAUAUCAUCUUAAUUGAUUCCUUUGAUGAUGAAACGUUGACCAAGAUAUUCAGCUCCAUUACUGACUGGCACUUCAGCAAGGGGUUUGAUGCCUCUUUCUACAGGUUGGGCAAGAUCAUGGUCCAGGCCACUAUGGCAGUCUAUAAGGAUACAAUGGACAGCUUCCUCCCCACCCCAUCUAAGUCUCACUACAUCUUCAACCUGCGGGACUUUGCUCGAGUAAUACGCGGUGUACUUCUAGCUCCACCCACACACAUGCAGGAUGGAGACAAACUAAUCCGCCUGUGGAUCCAUGAGAUCUACCGUGUUUUCUGUGACCGGCUCAUUGACAACGAGGACAAGGAGACAUUCUUCAGCAUCGUCAAGGAGAGAACCUCAUUCUUCUUUAAGCAGAGUGUGGAAAAGCUCCUGAGCCAUCUCAGCCCCGAUGGCAAGGUAGCAGAUGAGACCAUUCGAAGCUUGUUCUUCGGUGACUAUGCCAAGCCUGAUUCUGACACUAAGGCCUACGAUGAAAUCACAGAUUUGCAUGCCUUGCAAGAAGUGAUGGAAUUCUAUUUGGAUGAGUACAACAGCUGCAGCAAGGCACCCAUGUCCCUUGUAAUGUUCAAGUUUGCCAUUGAGCACAUUUCCCGCAUCUGCCGUGUACUGAAACAAGACAAUGGCCACCUUCUACUUGUCGGUAUUGGUGGCUCAGGGCGUCAGAGUGCCACAAAGCUGGGCACCUUCAUCAAUGAUUAUGUCCUGUUCCAGAUUGAGCUGACGAAGAACUACAGCAUGUCAGACUGGCGUGAUGACCUGAAGCGGAUAAUGCUUAAAGCAGGCAUUGAGGGCAAGAGCCUGGUGUUCCUGUUCAAUGACAGCCAAAUUAAAGAUGAGGCCAUGUUGGAAGACAUCAACAUGCUGCUGAACACUGGUGAUGUGCCUAAUAUCUUUGCUGCAGAUGAACGUGCUGACAUCAUUGAAAAAGCGCAGGGUAUUGCCCGGAUUGAAGGCAAAAAGAUUGACGCAACUCCACUCUCAAUGUACAACUUCUUCAUUGACCGCGUGAAGGCCAACCUUCACAUUGUGCUAGCCAUGAGUCCCAUCGGUGAUGCAUUUAGGAAUCGUCUUAGGAUGUUCCCUUCCCUUAUCAACUGCUGCACGAUUGACUGGUUCCAUGCGUGGCCAAAUGAUGCUCUGGAGAUGGUAGCUCACAAGUUCCUAGAAGAUGUGGAAAUGGACAGUGACAUCAGACUGGAGGUGGUUGAGAUGUGCAAGACCUUCCAGACAAGUGUCAGGGAGAUGUCUGAAAGGUAUUUCUCUAGACUGAGGAGACACAACUAUGUCACGCCCACCUCUUACCUUGAACUCAUCCUCACCUUCAAGACUCUGCUCAAUCUCAAGAGGAGUGAAGUGGAUAAUGUGCGGAACCGCUAUAUCGUUGGUCUCCAGAAACUGGAGUUUGCGGCAUCUCAGGUGUCAGUGAUGCAGCAGGAGCUGACAGCCUUGCAGCCAGAGCUCAUCCAGACCUCAGCUGAGACAGAUAAGAUGAUGGUCAAGAUAGAGAAGGAAACAGUGGAGGUGGACGCUAAGAAAGAACUAGUGUCUGCUGAUGAGAAAGUCGCUAAUGAGGCAGCAGCUGCAGCCCAAGCCAUUAAGGAUGAGUGUGAGGGAGACCUGGCAGAGGCAAUGCCUGCAUUAGAGGCUGCUCUUUCAGCCCUGGACACCUUGAAACCUUCAGACAUUACAGUAGUUAAAUCUAUGCAGAACCCACCUGGUCUUGUCAAACUAGUGAUGGAGUCCAUCUGUGUCAUGAAGGGCAUCAAACCUGAGAGAAAGCCGGAUCCUAGUGGUUCAGGCAAGAUGGUUGAGGACUUCUGGGGUCCCUCUAAGAAGCUCCUUGGAGACCUGAAGUUUUUGGAAAACCUCAAAUCCUAUGACAAGGACAACAUACCCGCCCCAUACAUCAAGAAAAUCAGAGAUAAGUUCAUCGACAACCCUGAAUUCCAGCCCUCUGUUAUUAAAAAUGUCUCCUCAGCUUGUGAGGGUCUCUGCAAAUGGGUGCGGGCAAUGGAAGUGUAUGAACGAGUAGCCAAAGUCGUAGCCCCCAAGAAGGAGAGACUGAAGCUGGCUGAGGAUGAGCUAGGUGUACAGAUGGAAAUGUUGGCUGUGAAGAGAGGUGAGCUGAAAGAAGUCGAGGACAGACUGCAGAGCCUGAAUGAUGACUUGGAGGCCAUGAUUAACAAGAAAAAAGAGCUGGAGAGCAACAUUGAAUUGUGCUCUCAGAAGCUGAUCAGGGCAGAGAAGCUGAUAGGAGGACUGGGUGGAGAGAAGGACAGGUGGACAGAGGCUGCGAGGCAACUAGGGAUUAGAUACACCAACCUGACAGGUGACAUACUCCUCUCCUCUGGAACUGUGUCUUACCUUGGGGCAUUUACAGUAGAUUACCGUGUAGAGUGCCAGGAACAAUGGCACAUCCUGUGCCAGGAGAAGAAAAUACCUUGUUCUGAGGACUUAACCCUCACUAACACUCUGGGUAACCAAGUGGCCAUCAGGGCAUGGCAGAUUGCUGGGCUGCCAGUAGACUCCUUCUCCACAGACAAUGGCAUCAUUGUAUUUAACUCUCGUCGUUGGCCCCUUAUGAUUGACCCUCAGGGUCAAGCCAACAAGUGGAUCAAAAACAUGGAGAAGGCUAAUAAGCUUGCUGUCAUCAAAAUGUCUGAUGGUAACUAUGUGAGAAUCUUGGAGAAUUCCAUCCAGUUUGGGACCCCAGUUCUCCUGGAGAAUGUUGGAGAGGAGCUUGAUCCCGUACUUGAGCCUGUGUUGCUGAAGCAGACCUUCAAACAGCAGGGCGUAGAGUAUAUGAAAAUAGGGGAGAAUAUUGUGGAAUAUUCUAAAGACUUUUUAUUCUACAUGACCACCGGGCUGAGGAACCCUCACUACCUCCCAGAGGUGGCUGUCAAAGUCUGUCUGCUGAACUUUAUGAUCACACCACAAGGCCUACAGGACCAGCUUUUAGGGCUUGUAGCAGCCAAAGAAAAACCUGAGCUAGAAGAAAAGAAGAACCAGCUCAUUCUGGAGAGUGCUGCGAACAACAAGCAGCUGAAGGAAAUUGAAGAUAAGAUCUUACAAGUGCUCUCCUCCUCUGAGGGAAACAUCCUAGAGGAUGAAACAGCUAUUAAAAUCUUGUCAUCCUCCAAAAUCCUCUCUGAGGAGAUCUCGGAGAAGCAGAAAAUCGCCAGCGUCACAGAGAAAGAGAUUGAUGACACUCGUAUGGGCUACCGUCCUGUUGCUGAGCAUUCCUCCAUUUUGUUUUUCUGCAUCUCAGAACUGGCCAACAUUGAACCUAUGUACCAAUACUCCCUCACCUGGUUCAUCAACCUUUACCUGUGUUCCAUCGCCCAGAGCUUGAAGAGUGAUGAUUUGGCUGAGAGAAUCGACAACAUUUUGGAGCACUUUACCCUCAGCAUAUACAAUAAUGUGUGCCGCUCACUUUUUGAGAAGGAUAAGCUUCUCUUUUCCCUGCUGCUCACAGUUGGCAUCAUGCAGGGUAAGGAUCAGGUUGAUGACCAAGUCUGGCGCUUCCUCCUGACAGGUGGCAUUGCAUUGGAUAACCCUUACCCCAACCCGGCUCCAGAGUGGCUGUCUGAGAAGUCUUGGUCGGAGAUUGUUAGGGCGUCCAAACUUCCAAACUUGGAUGAUUUCUUUGAACAUGUCCAAGACAAUAUUCCCAAAUGGAAGAAGCUCUAUGAUUCAGGAAAGCCACAUAAGGACCAGUUGCCUGACCGGUGGAGUAACUUGGUGGGGAUGGACCGAAUGAUAGUGAUAAGAUGCUUCAGGCCAGAUAAACUGGUUCCGGCAGUGCAGGAUUUCAUAGUGGAUAACAUGGGGCAGGCUUACAUUGAACCGCCCACUUUUGACCUGGCGGGGAGUUACAAAGACUCCAACUGCUGCUCUCCUCUCAUCUUUGUGUUGUCACCAGGAUCUGAUCCAACUGCAGGUCUGCUAAAGUUUGCUGAUGACCUAGAAAUGGGGGGCAGUAAGAUCCAAACCAUUUCCCUCGGGCAGGGGCAGGGACCAAUAGCAGCUCAGAUGAUCAACAGAGCCAUCAAAGAGGGCACCUGGGUGGUACUGCAGAACUGCCACCUGGCCACCAGCUGGAUGCCCACCCUUGAGAGGAUCUGUGAGGAAACCAUCACUCCAGAGACUGCACACGCUAGCUUUAGGCUGUGGUUAACCAGUUAUCCAUCCGACAAGUUUCCAGUCAGCAUCCUACAGAAUGGGCUGAAGAUGACUAAUGAGCCGCCUAAAGGAAUAAGAGCCAACUUGAUGCGCUCCUACCUGAGUCACCCCAUCUCUGAUCCUGCCUUCUUCAGCAGCUCCAAGAAACAGGUCAUUUGGCAGAAGCUCCUGUUUGGUCUCACCUUCUUCCACGCACUCGUGCAGGAAAGGAGGAAUUUUGGACCCCUGGGUUGGAACAUUCCCUAUGAGUUUAAUGAGUCUGAUCUCAGGAUCAGCAUGAGGCAGAUCCAGAUGUUCCUGGAUGAGUAUGAUGAGGUUCCACUGGAGGCCCUCACAUAUCUUACAGGUGAGUGCAACUAUGGUGGCAGGGUGACAGAUGACAAAGACAGGCGUCUGCUGCUGUCUCUCCUGUCCAUCUUCUACAGUUGGGAGGUCAUAGAGCAGGAGUGCUGUCACCUGUGUGAGGGAGAUCUGUAUUAUAUCCCAGCUCAUGGCCCCUAUCAGACAUAUGUCAGCUACAUUCGCAGUCUACCAAUUUGUGCUGAUCCUUGCGUAUUUGGACUUCAUAGCAAUGCUGACAUAACAAAAGAUAAUCAAGAGACCAAUCAGCUCCUGGAUGGGGUGCUGCUGACUCUGCCCAGGCAGACAGGAGGCGGGGCUAAGUCUCCUCAGGAAGUGGUGGACGAGCUUGCAGAGGACAUCCUCUCCAAGCUGCCACCAGACUUUGAUUUACAAAUGGUGAUGGAUAAAUACCCAGUCAUGUAUGAGGAGUCUAUGAAUACUGUUUUGAGGCAGGAAAUAAUCCGCUUUAACAGACUCACACAUGUGGUGCGUGCCAGCUUGGUAAACACCCGCAAAGCUUUGAAGGGUCAGAUCGUUAUGUCGGCUGAACUUGAGAACGUCUUCAACAGUAUAAUGGUGGGCAAGGUGCCAGCUAUGUGGGCAGCCAAGUCGUACCCAUCUCUGAAGCCAAUGGGGAGCUACGUGACUGACCUCUUAGCCAGGCUGCAGUUCCUGCAAGAUUGGAUAGAUAACGGCCCACCUACAGUCUUCUGGCUCUCUGGCUUCUACUUCACCCAGUCAUUUCUUACUGGAGUGUCACAAAAUUUUGCCAGGAAGUACACCAUCCCUAUAGACUACAUUGGCUUUGAAUUUGAGGUAACUAAAGAAGAGAAUCAUAUGGAUGAGAAGCCGGAGGAUGGAGCUUAUGUUAGGGGCCUUUUCAUGGAGGGGGCACGCUGGGACAGGGAGAACAUGGUCAUUGGAGAGUCCCUCCCCAAGAUCCUCUUUGACUCUUUGCCCAUCAUCAAGCUCAAACCUGGAGAAAUGGCUAAGUUUCUACAUGAAAACAUUUAUGCUUGUCCUGUUUAUAAAACCAGCGCCCGCCGGGGGACUUUGUCCACCACAGGCCACUCUACCAACUACGUCAUGCCCAUUGAGCUGCCUUCUGACAAGCCACAGAAACACUGGAUUAAUCGUGGGGUGGCAUGCCUCUGCCAGCUGGAUGACUGAGAACUUACAACAGUUGAUUCAAUUAAAAUACUGUAAAUGUCA